AUGUCAAACGCUCCUGUAAAAUCAAGUAUAGAAGACAAUGAGGUCGAUCUGCCCGCCAAUUAUGCAAAUAAUGAUCUUGUUAACUACGAUUUUUGUAAGCCAAAAAAAAGUAAUCUGAUCAUAAAUUUUGACACUCCCCAGCAUAAGUCCAUCCAACACAGCGUACUCCGAAUGUGGUCCAACGUUAUCACAAAUAACUCAUACUCUAAUUACUUAGAAACUUUAACUUCCGCAGAGCUGAGACUUUUCCACAGGCCUUGGUACUUUUUAGGUAAAUACGAAAGCUUGCCAACGAACCUCACUAUUUAUAGGUACAAAAAUGGGACUCGUAAUUACGUUAACUCCGUAAUCGUCGAGGCUGAUCACCAAGGAUGGAUCGUGAUUAACAUCACCAGUCUCGUUCAAUGGUGGAUUGAUCAUCCUGAGAUAAUUGGGGGCGUAAUGUGCACUACCUCUCCGAUGGAGAAUAAAGACAACUUGAUUGUAUUGUCCAUGCUAGACGAUAACGGAGGCUCUUACUCAAUUGGAGAGUUUGCUGUUGGCUAUUACAACAACCUCUUGAAUACGAAGAUGAACUUCCGGAGCAAUUUCAAGUACAAGAAAAAUUUUCCUCCAGGAUUUGACGCGAUUAAAAAUCCAGAUUUUUGUGAGAUGGCUUGCAAAACGAAUAACUUUUUCACCAACUUCAAAACAAUCGGGCCUAAGGAAUGGAUCAUCUCUACAGAUGGACUCUGCUGUAGAAUAUUUAUUGUGAUCCGAUAG